AUUAAUUAAUUAAGAAGAGCAAAAUAUGGAGAAUUUUGUGUUUCAACUUUUCCGGGGACGAUGGUUCAUGAUGUUCGCUUCGUUCUUGAUCAUGGCCGGCGCCGGAGCCACGUACCUCUUCGGCGUUUACUCCAAGGAGAUCAAAGCCACCUUGGGCUACGACCAGUCCACCCUCAACCUCCUCGGUUCCUUCAAGGACGUGGGAGCCAACGUCGGAGUGUUGUCGGGCCUCAUCGCCGAGGUAACGCCUACUUGGUUCGUACUUUUGGUCGGUUCCGCCAUGAACUUCGCCGGCUACUUCCUCAUAUGGCUUUCCGUCACUAAAAGAAUCGCCAAACCCAAGGUGUGGCAGAUGUGUCUGUACAUUUGUGUCGGAGCUAAUUCCCAGAAUUUCGCCAACACGGGCGCGCUUGUCACGUGCGUCAAGAAUUUCCCGGCGAGUAGAGGGAUGAUGUUGGGGUUGAUGAAGGGGUUUGUCGGGUUGAGUGGCGCGGUUUUCACCCAGCUUUAUUUGGCAAUCUAUGGGAAUGAUUCCCAGAAUUUGAUUCUUUUAAUCGGUUGGCUUCCGGCCAUUUUGUCAAUCGUUUUUAUUCCCAGUAUUCGGCCGAUGAAGAUUUCUAGCCAUCCUAACGAAACUAAGGUUUUCUUUGAGUAUCUUGGGAUAUCCAUCACUCUCGCACUUUGUUUAAUGGGGUUAACGAUUGCCCAGAAAUACGUAAGAUUCUCCCAUUUCGCUUAUAUUGCUUGCGCCACCAUUGUUUGUGCCCUGCUUUUUCUUCCGUUUUUGAUAGCCGUUAUGGAGGAAUUGGCCACCCGGAAGGAGAAAAAGAAGCAGUUAUUGUCAUCGGAAAAUGUUGAAGAUCCACCGCCGCCGGCGGAGAAUAUAGAGAAAGCGGAGGAGGAGAAGGCCGGAGAUUAUUCCUGUUUUGGUAAUAUUUUCAAGAAGCCGAAGAGGGGAGAAGAUUACAGUAUAUUGCAGGCGCUGUUGAGCGUGGACAUGUUGCUUCUAUUCAUAUGCAACUUUUGCGGCCAAGGUUGUAGUUUGGCGGCCAUCGACAACCUGGGACAAAUCGGGGAGUCCCUGGGCUACCCGCCGCGUACAAUCGGAACAUUCGUGUCCCUGGUCAGCAUCUGGAACUACUUCGGCCGCGUUUUCUCCGGGUUCGUGUCGGAAACCAUCGUCAAAAGAUGGAAAAUACCUCGUACACUGAUGAUGACGUUCUCCCUCCUCCUCCCCUGCGCCGGCGACCUCCUGGUGGCCUUCCCGUUCCCGGGGUCCGUCUACGGCGCCUCCUUGAUACUGGGAUUCUCCUACGGCGUCCAGCUCACGCUCCUUUUUAUUAUAAUCUCGGAGCUCUUUGGGCUGAAAUAUUACUCCACGCUCUUCAACUGCGGCCAGCUCGCCAGCCCCCUGGGAUCGUAUAUACUGAACGUGAAGAUCGUGGGGCGGCUCUACGACGGAGAAGCGGUGAAGCAGGUGGCGGCGAGGGGGGUGGGAGAGUUGACUUGCCUUGGGACGCAAUGCUAUAAGGUUUCUUUCAUUGUUCUUGCUGGUGUGAAUCUGUUUGGGGCUUUGGUUUCGUUGGUUUUGGUGGCCAGGACUGCGGCCUACUACAAGACUGAUAUUUACAAGAGGUUUAGAGAUGAAAUGGGAGCAAAUAACAAUUGAAAUGUGCUCAUCUCAACUAUAAGCCUAAGCUGAUAGUUGGAUUGCAAUAUGCUCGU